ACUUCAAUAUGGCAGCUAACACCAAGUGUCAAUGAUCUGUUUGUGUCUAAUCUCUCGCAUUAUAAGAAGGUUGUUGAUAGCAGAGCGUGUUACACGGAGCAGUUUGCAGCCAGUUUCCAAUAGAAUAAUCCUUUAGGCGUGUUUUCCGAAUAACAAGGAAAAAAUGAGUUUUUCGAGCGACGAAGUGAAUUUUCUCGUCUAUCGCUAUUUACAGGAAUCAGGUUUCCACCACUCGGCCUAUACGUUCGGUAUCGAGUCGCAUAUUUCGCAAAGCAAUAUAAAUGGAGCUCUGGUGCCGCCGGCCGCGCUCCUGACUAUUUUACAGAAGGGGCUCCAGUACACAGAGGUGGAGCUAAGCGUCGGCGAAGAUGGCCAAUCCCCGCGCCAAAUUGAAGGGCUAAGUCUUAUCGAUGCCGUCAUGCCCGAGAUAAAGUGUCAGAAAUUAUCGGUGAAGUCGGAGCCAAUCAAGGCAGAGCCGGUGAAAGCUGAACCAAUUAAAACUGAGCCGACGGAAGCGAAUGGCGAAGAGCCCACCGUUGCUCCGUCGCCAGUUUCAACCACUACCGCCAUGGAAAAUAUGGACGUCGAUCAGAGUAUUGAGAUUCCCGCUUCGAAGGCGACGGUUUUGCGUGGACAUGAAAGUGAAGUCUUCAUUUGCGCAUGGAACCCAAGCAGGGAUCUGCUGGCUAGCGGCUCGGGAGAUAGCACGGCAAGGAUUUGGGAUAUGUCGGACACAACCACGAGCCCAAAUCAGUUGGUUUUGAGACAUUGCAUUCAAAAGGGAGGGGCUGAAGUGCCAAGCAACAAGGAUGUCACUUCACUUGACUGGAAUUGUGAUGGUUCUUUGUUGGCAACAGGUAGUUACGACGGCUACGCUAGGAUUUGGACGACUGACGGUCGCCUUGCAUCCACGCUAGGCCAGCAUAAAGGACCCAUCUUUGCCCUAAAGUGGAACAAGCGGGGCAACUAUAUCCUUUCUGCUGGGGUUGAUAAAACCACUAUCAUUUGGGAUGCAUCAACUGGUCAAUGUACCCAACAGUUCGCAUUCCACAAUGCUCCGGCGCUGGAUGUCGACUGGCAGACAAAUACCUCGUUCGCCAGUUGUAGUACCGAUCAAAGGAUCCACGUGUGCAAGCUGCAUGAGAACAAACCAAUCAAAUCAUUCCAAGGGCACACUAAUGAAGUCAAUGCCAUCAAAUGGGAUCCUCAAGGAUCGCUCCUGGCGUCCUGUUCUGAUGACAUGACUUUGAAGAUCUGGUCGAUGAAGCAGGACACCUGUGUGCAUGACCUUCAAGCCCAUUCCAAGGAAAUCUACACAAUCAAAUGGUCACCAACUGGCCCAGGAACUCAAAAUCCCAACAUGAAUUUGAUUUUGGCCAGCGCCUCGUUCGAUUCCACAGUCCGCCUGUGGGACGUUGAUCGGGGAGUGUGCAUCCAUACCCUGACGAAACACACAGAGCCUGUUUACUCAGUCGCCUUCAGUCCCGACGGUAAACAUCUGGCUUCCGGCAGUUUCGACAAAUGCGUUCAUAUCUGGAGCACACAAACAGGUCAACUAGUUCACAGCUACAAGGGAACCGGCGGCAUUUUCGAGGUUUGCUGGAACUCGAAGGGCACGAAAGUUGGAGCGAGUGCUUCUGACGGGAACGUUUUUGUGCUUGAUUUAAGGAAGUUUUAAGGUUUUUUGUAUUUAAUUUUAUAAUGCAAUAAUAUUAAUUUAUUAAUAAGUGAAAGGUUGGAUCAAACCUUUGUCUAGUUUA